CGGCAUGGCAGCGCCCGGCGGGCGGGGGACUGGCAGGGGAGGUGGCCGUGCCGCCGCCCCUCGGCGGGACAGCCCUGGGGAGCGGUGCGGGUGGGCAGCGCCGAGCCAGCUCCUGUCCUGCGCUGCCUUAGGCUGUCGCCAUGACCCUCACCAAAGGCUCCUUCACCUAUUCCAACGGCGAGGAGUACCGCGGCGAGUGGAAGGAAGGUCGCAGGCACGGCGUCGGGCAGCUGACCUUCGCUGAUGGCACCGCUUACGUGGGGCACUUUGAGAACGGGCUCUUCCACGGCUGCGGGGUGCUCACCUUCUCUGACGGCUCCAGGUACGAGGGGGAGUUUGUCCAGGGCAAGUUCAACGGCGUCGGCGUCUUCACCCGCUGCGACAACAUGACCUUUGAGGGCGAGUUCAAAGGCGGGCGCGUGUAUGGCUUUGGUCUCCUGACCUUCCCCGACGGCUCGCACGGGGUGCCCCGCAACGAGGGCUUCUUCGAGAACAACAAGCUGCUGCGGCGGGAGAAGUGUCCGGCCAUCAUCCAGAGGGCCCAGGGCGCCUCCAAGUCUGCCCACAACCUGAUGGCUUGACGAUGCCCUGCGUCCCCCCUCCCGCUGCGGUGGGGACCCCCACACUGGGCAUUGGCUGGCCCCGCUUCCCCUGGGACCGGGGACGUGACACCGCUGGGUGUCUCCCUGCCCUCUGCCUGCCGGCCGCCCAGCCUUGGCGGGGCCAGGUGCCCACACCAAGCCCCCUCGCUGAACCCCUGCCAGUGGGGGGACAGGGCCCCCCCGCUCUCCACCCAAGUGCCGUGGUGCCUUCUCUCUCUGACUGUAGCCCUGGCACCCGCUGGAGCAGCCAGGGCCCAGCCCUUCUGCCCCCUUGGGAAGGCUGCAGCCCACCGGGACUGCCAGCCAGCCACGGGGGACAGAGUUGGGGCGUAGGGGCUGGGGCUGGGCCCUGACCCCACUGCCAGGGUGCCUUGGCCGUGGGUUGCUGGCUGGACCACAUGCCCGCAGAGGGGCAGCUCCUGGCUCUCUUCCCUUACCCUGGUCCUGAGGCAGGGUGGGCACCCCCUGGCCUGUGCCCUCGGCUCCGGGUCGCCGGCCAUCCCCUGGCCUGCCUUGGGCAGGGUGACGUGGUGCCUCCAAAGGACCCAGCCUGCUCUCGGGGCCAGCUGAUGGGGCUGUGCCCCCCUCAUCCCUGUGCCAAUCCAGCCCACCCACUGCCCUAGGGGACAUCUGCAGCAGCAUCCCUGCCAAGGGGGUCGGGGGGAUGCCCAGACUGGCCUGUGCCAGCUGCGCACCGGGAGCAGGCAGGAGCGAUGGCGAGCAAGGAGCAGGCUCAGCCAGAGCCUGGGAUGAGGGGCACGAGCAGGGCUGGAGCAGGGGGCCUGAGGAGGGGAUAGGGGCAUGGUGAGGGGGCAGAGAGGGUGGGCAGGGGGCACACGGCUCCCCGUCUUACCCCCCUCCCCCCGCAUGCAUCCUUCAUCUCCCUGCUGUGUGCUCACCUUCACCCCCGGUGGGGUCAGGCUGGCCGUGGCACGGGGGUCCCGGCAGCCCUCGCAGCCUGGGAGUGGGCUGCAGGGGCCGUGCCCCCCCUGCCAGUCUGUGCCCGCACCGGUCCCGUGCCUUGCCGUGACCCUGCCUUGCGCUGCCGCCUGCAUGGGCCUCAGCUGAGUAAACCACGUUGCCAAACA